GUCCGAUCGUAUAACUACUGGGCCCUACUUCACCCGAUUCUCUCCUUUUCCCUCGAAUCUCUCCUCCCGGAGAUAUCCACCUUCGAAAACUGAAUCAAUUCUCACACUCAACUGUCCGCCAUUGAUUACUUCCUGUGAAUGGCCGGCAGCUUAAUCAACUGAAAUCUACAUUGCGAGAAGCUUCAGGGCUGCUGUUCUUAAUUUUGCUUUUCCAUGGCUGAGGUGMAGAGAUCCAGCGGCACUGUGAGGUGGUUUAGUGCGCAGAAGGGCUUUGGGUUCAUAGCUCCAGAUGAUGCUACCGAUGAUCUUUUCGUCCACCAGACGUCGAUUCGGUCCGAAGGAUUUCGGACUCUUUUCGAUGGUCAGGCCGUUGAGUAUUCAAUCGAUUAUGACGAAGAUCAACGCGCCAAGGCCGUCGACGUCACUGUAAUUGGUAGAUCUAGCGAAUAUGGAGGGGGGCGUGGGGGUGGGAGAGGUAGAGGUAGAGGAGGCGGUUAUGGAAGGUUCGGUGGAGGAGGCUACGGAGGAGGCGGCGGCGGCCGUGGUUUUGGCAGAGGAGGGAGGUACGAUGGCCCCAGUGGUGGCUUCGGCGGAGGUGGUCGUGGCGGGGGUGAGUGCUACAAUUGUGGCCGUGUGGGUCAUUUAGCGAGGGAUUGUUAUCGGGGAAACGGCGGUGCCGGUGCGCCUCCCGGCCGUGGCGGGACUCGUAGAUACGGAGGUGGUCGGAGUUAUGGCGGCGGAGGCGGAGGCGGUGGCGCCGGGGGUUGUUUUAAUUGUGGAGAUGCAGGGCAUUUUGCCAGGGAAUGUCCAAAUGAAAGCGUAUAAAGAAUGCGGGUCUUCCUUUAAGCGGUAUUUAUUCUUUUUCUGAAGAUUAUUUUUGGUUUUGGACUGUUAAAUUUUGGUGCAAAUUUCUGGGAUUAUAAGUGCAUUGGUGACUGCGAGUCUGAAAUUGAUGGCACGAGGAUCCGGGACAAUAAACCAUAGGGCUUCAAUUGAUCAUUGUUUCUCCUUUUGGGUGUUCGAUAAUUUGCUGUUCAGAGUUAGAUGAUGAAAAUUGAAAGCAAUUGCUUGUAUAUGCUAUACCUUACUGGCAUUUUCUGUUCAUUCUUCUUUUGAUUGUUGUGAUAUUUCUUAACAUGUUAUAUAUUGAUAUAUGUAAUCCGUCAAGAGUAUAUGUUCAUACCAUUUUCUUUUGUA